AUGGUGCUUCCCGAUCUUCUCUUCCCUGCUGUCCGAGCAACAUAUUCGAUGAUUGUAUCCUGUGUUGGUGCAUCUGAUGUUGUUAUUACAGAUCAAGUUACUGGUCCUCUGGUUGAAGAGGAGCGUAUCCAGAAUAUGAUUGAAUCCAACAAAGAAUGCAAUGAUCUGUGUGCUAUGUUCUCAGAAUGCAACUUGGUGGGGAAUCCUCAUGAAUGGUGGAUGGAUUCUGGUGCCACCCACCAUGUAUGUGACAACAAAGAGUUAUUUUCGUUAUUCACUCUGGCUCAAGUAGAAGAAAUGAUCUACAUUGAUAACUCCGCUACUGCUAAGGUAGAAGGAACAGGAAAAAUAUGCUUGAAAAUGACUUCAGGAAAGGUCUUGACACUUAACAAUGUCUUUUAUGUUCUGGAGUUACGUAGGAAUUUAAUUUCUGUUUCACUUCUAGACAAGAACGGAUUCAAAUGUGAUGAAGCAAUAGAUGUAUUUAGACAAUAUAAAACUGAAGUUGAAAAUCAGUUAGAUAAAAAGAUAAAAAUGAUAAAAAGUGAUAGGGGCGGAGAAUAUGAAUCUCCAUUCUCCAAAAUAUGUGUAGAGAAUGGAAAAUGGAAUCGUGGAAAGGAAAAACCAAACUUUGAAGGAAAUGAUGAAUGUCUUGCUUAUAAGUUCUGGUUUACCGCAAAACUUAUAAGGGGAGGAUAUCCUUACAGCCAAUUGUAUACUCAACAGAGUUCUCCAUAG